UCGGUCCAGUACAGCGUCGGAGCGUGCACGGAACGGUUCGUCGCGCGUCUACCCCGCAUGUACGGGCACGCACGUUGGUCACGCGUGUACGCCGGUGCCCCUUGCAAUUCACGAUUCAAGAAAUAUAACACGAAAAUAUAAUAACGGAAAUUUGUGUUCGCUAGUAAAACGAUCGAUAGAGGAGUUCGCGCUGCUUCGGAAGGGAACUCUCGAAAGGCCGAAUCCACGUGGUACAUUUAUAGAUUAAACGCCAGCAGGAGAGAGAGAUACUCUCGCGGCGUUUAUCCGCACGAGAAUUUAUCCGCUCCAGGACCACGAAAACCUCCUUGCAAUUAAUCUAGCCUAGGUUCCUUUAAAGAAUUCAAAGAUACUUCGGAGAAGCUGAUAAAGGAUCUACAAAAUAUACAGAAACGUCAAAGCGAAAUUUUUCUAAAGUUAGCGAGUUUUCUAAAACUCGAUGAUAAUUACAAGAUCCAAGAAAAAAAUCUUCUUAUCAAACACACAAAUAUAGCAAAACAUUGGUCGUCUACGUCGUGACGGAAAACAGCAAAACACGAACAAGAAAGGAAGAGGCACAAGCGACAUCAGCCAAUUAUUUAUUUCAGCGCUAAUUAAGCGACGACGUGUUCACCAGGCUUUAAAGCAGAGAGGCAGGCAUUGCUAAUUGGCAUCGGAAUGGUGCCCAGGUGUUAAUUAAUAGUUAAUUCGCUAGUGUGGCUCGAUCAAGCGAUGCAACGUUUCGUAGACGGUCGUAGCAGGAUGCAAUCGUGCGUGACUACCUCCGGAUAAUCAUCCUCCUAUCAUCCGUCGACGAUAAGAAGCUCCAAGUCAAGUGCACCUUAGAGGCCGGCGUGCCCGCGACCUUCGUUAACGAUAAUCCGUACGACCUUUCUACUCUUCUAUGAUAAGCUCCUGCAAUACGUGACCAAAUUUGCCACGAUGACCAGCGGACAGAGGAACAGGUCCGUUGUACAUCCCGAACAACGGUAUGGCUAUAUGCCGUGCCCGCUAUACGACACAGGUGGGACACUCGGCUCGCCACCCGAAGAACCGGGCGAGCGGCUGGGCCCGCCGGCGCGCCGCAACUCGGGCCCUCACGUGAUUAAAUGGGGCGGUGGCGGGCCCGUCGGUUCCGCGCAGAGCGGCCAGACCGGAAAUCAGGCCAGGAGAAAACAAAAUCAGAUCGGUCAGCAGAAGGAACUGUCGGACCCACCCACUCCGAUCGCGUCCAGGCAGCAGGUAUCCUUCAGCGGAAACCGUACUUCCGGUACUUAUACACCCCUGGUGGUCUCCGGAAACAGCCCGCCACGAGGCGAACCAAUCUCCUUAGCCACUUUGGACCGCGACUGUUUUAUCAUACCUCUCGCCUCUCUCGAGCGCUUUUUACCAGCUGGUGUACCGCAUGCUCCUGUCGCUGAUAAAAAAAGGCCGGGAAGUCCUCUGUCGGUUCUCGAGGUCGAGGACCCGAAGCAAUGUGUUCUCGCGCAUUUUAUGACGCCACUGGAGCCUCUGGACCCGCUAAUGGAGUCUCCAGUGUCUCGUCCGCUGGUCCUACAACGCGACACCGCCGCGGAAUUAGUCAACGAGAUAGCACCCUCCGCAUCGCAAAGCAUUUUACUUACGAAUAUGGAGAAGAACGCGGAUUUUCCAUUUAUCACGUAUUAUCUAAUAAACAAGCAGAGCACGGACCCAAUAGAUUUUUACAACGAAGUGCAAUGCGCGGCCCUACGUAAGUUCGAUCCUCGAGAUCUCCGAUACGCAGCCAGUCAUACGUUAGAUCUGUUCAAUGAGGUAGCGACCAUCGCGAGACCGCCACUCGAGCCACCCGGUGGAAGACCACCCAUUCCGUCCACCGGCUAUAUAGUGUCGAUUUUUAAAGUUUUCGAGGGCGACGACGGUCUCAAAUUCGAGCAAAAUUGGCUUUAUUGGACAGGCGCGCGAAUGAUGUAUCGAUACCUGCCGAAAUCGGUGGGUCUCAGGCGUAUCACCUUGCACAAAUCGAUGUCGCAGGGCGAUAAGAUGUACCUAUUGAUCUGCGAGUGCUCGCAGCUGCAAGACAAUCUAUCCGCUGCGGCGAUACUUCUGCCGGCACUUCGCGCUCGUCUGUGCGGAUACAUCGGACUUUACAGACCCUCCGUGUGCUUCUGAUUCCUCACUCGGCUGCUAGAAUCUGCAAGAAGCAUCCUUUCGAAUUCGCAUUACGUAUAUCCCUGCAGAAAAAUCCGAGCGAAACGUGGUAUCGUAUCGAAUUCCAGUGCUUUACUCUACAAUUUCAUUCGUAGCUAAAUAAACACGCCGAUUCCGAAACCGUUUUUUAAUAGCGAUACGAGCACCGGUAAUACCGAUAAUAUCGAUCGAUAUUUCUAUUUUUAAUCAGAGCUUAUUCUCUAAUUGCAGGAGCAAAUUAAAAAGUCAUAACGGCAAACAAGACGCGAUACUGGGUUUGCAGGAAUCGAGAAAUAUGUCGUCGCAAACGUCGUUAACGAAUGAGACACUGUGAUUUCUUAUCGUACUACCUAUUAUAAGAAGCGCAACUUCGUAUACGCUUUAGAACGAGUCUCGUCGAUGAUCGAUGAAACGGCCUGCAUGCCUGCAUUAGAUAUGCAACUGGAUCUAUUUGUAUUUUUCGACUUUACUAUCUUGUUCAUUGCGCAAAUUACGAGCGUUGCCCAAGUAGGGUCAACCGAACGAAACGGCAGUGAAAUGAAAUGAAUAGGAAUGAAUAGCAAUAAAAUUGAUACAUAGGCCGCAGAAAGUACUGUAAUAUAUACGUAAUAUAAAAUAAUAUAAAAUGGAUGUCAGAAAGGAUUUUUGUAAGGACUGAAGCGCUAAGGAUAUUUAACUUUCUGUGAAAUAGGAACAUUCUCCAUGUGCCGACAUGGAAAAGAUAACGAUGCCACGAUGUGUUGCCGAUUAAAGACGUUUGGUCAUCCUAUGGGCAUCGCGAGACACAAGCAUAACGAUAUACGCAACAUACUUUAUUACUAUAUAUUGAUAACUAUCGAAUAAUCGCUAACUACAUAUCAUACUCGAUAAACUGUGAUAUUUGAAUCAGCGGCGUAUAUAUCACAAUGGGAAACUCUUCUUGAAACUUACUCUUGAAAAAUGCUACUCUUGAAAUCAAUUUAGGUGACUUAGGCACAUGGUAGUGAAACUUCGAAGGCCAACGUAACUUCAAGUCUUUUAUCGAUCUUCAUAUUUGAUAUUAUAUAUCCGUUUAUGCGGAUUUGACGCUCGCGAAAUUCUAUUUAGCAGCUCUGUCAUGUAUGUAGGUAAAUUAUAUUCUUAAACAAUAGAAAUUUUAAUAAAAUGCAUUUUAUUUCUGUCUCUA